UUGUGUCCCUCCUGGUGUGGACAUUUGAAAACCAAUGAGACUAUUGUCAAUAUUUUGGGGAUCGCUAACUCUACCAACGAACUGCCAGAAAUUUCAUUCGAGUGUGACACUUUGAAGGAGAAUUGUCUGGCCAAGAAGGGAUACAAUGGACAUUGCUAUUUUUAUGAGAAAAAUUGCGAGCCACUUCCACAAUUUUCGCAUAGAGGGAAAAAGAAGCACUCUCACAUUCCAAAAACCGCUGCCGAAUGUCUUAGACAUCAAAAGAAGUGUGGCCAGAAGUACAAGAGACAUUACAGUUGCAAAACCUUUAGAAAGUACUGUAAGAAGUUUGAUCUACCUGAGCUGGAAGUCAAUAACUCGACAAAUAUAACCCAAUCUACAGUAAGCCCUCUGGAACAAUGUCUAAACUUCCAAAAGAUCUGCGCAGCUAAAUACAAAAAACACUUCGCUUGCCGUCAAUAUCGCAAGAAGUGCAAACCAUUCAAUUUGCCAGAAAUCCACUUUGAGGAUUCAGAAGUCACUCAGAAGCCGUCACGUCAUCAUAAGCAUCAUAUGAGAAAAGGGCAUGGAAUGAGAAAAGAGAAUAUUAAUGAGACAGUGGUGAUAAUCGCUGAUGAUGUGGUGAUUGGAAAUGAGACAUUGGUGGAGACACUUUUGAAGAGGAAUUGA